AUGGCGAGCGGGUGCGGGCGGUUGGGGCUGGGGCUGGGGGCCCGCGUGGCGCUCACCGCCUCCUACUGCACCGGGGACGGCUCCGGCACCGGCUCCGGAGGCCCCCCGGGCCCCGGGCCCCGCAGCCCCGGCCGCCAGGCGGCUCCCCCGCCGGCGCAGCCCCGGCCUCCCAGGGAGAGGACGCCCGGACCCCCCCCCGCCGCCGCCCGACGCUUCGCCAGCUCCAGCGCCGCCGCCGCCCCCCCCUCCUCCAAGCUGGACAACAAGAGCUUCCUGUGGGCGCGCUACAACGAGAUGAAGCGCCUGGUGCAGGACCUGCUUCCUCCCGGGGUCUGUAAUCUUCUGAACCCAUCCACCAUCUAUGCCAACAAUGAGGUGUGCCUGGGCGACAUUGAGAUCUACGGCUUUGACUAUGACUACACUUUGGCCCUGUACUCCAACGCCCUCCAUUCCAUGAUCUACAACACAGCCCGCGACAUCCUGGUGGAACAAUACAAGUAUCCCGAGGGGAUCCGCAAGUAUGACUACUUGCCUAACUUUGCCAUCCGAGGACUGCACUACGACAUUCCCAAGGGCUUGCUGAUGAAGAUUGAUGCCUUCCAUUACAUCCAGAUGGGUACUGUGUAUAGGGGCCUGAAGCCAGUUCCCGACGAGGAGGUGACUGACCUGUAUCAGGGGACACACCAUAUCCCUCUGCACCAGGUCAGCGGGUUCUACGGCAAGGGGCCAGCAGUGAAGCAGUUCAUGGACAUUUUCUCCCUCCCAGAGAUGACCCUCCUUGCCGUGGCCAACGACUUUUUCAUCACCAAUGACAUCGACUAUGACCCGAUCCACCUAUACAAGGAUGUCACGGAUGCCAUAAGAGACGUCCACAUCAAAGGUUUCAUGUAUAAAUGGAUUCUGCAGGAUCUGGAGAAGUACAUAUUGCGUGGGGAUGAGACGUACGCUGUCCUGCAUCGCCUGGUGAACAAUGGCAAGAAGCUCUUUCUCAUCACCAACAGCCCUUUCAGCUUUGUUGACAAAGGCAUGAAGUAUAUGGUGGGCAAGGACUGGAGAGAUUUCUUUGACGUGGUCAUCGUUCAAGCCGACAAACCACAUUUCUUCAAUGAUGGUGUCAAGCCUUUCCGCCGCCUGGAUGGGAACGGAGACUUGCAGUGGGACAAGAUCACCAAGCUGGAGAAGGGCCAGGUGUAUAAGCAGGGGAACCUGUUUGACUUCCUGCGGCUCACCGGUUGGCGAGGGUCCAAGGUAUUCUACUUUGGAGACCACCUGUACAGCGACCUGGCGGACUUGAUGUUACGCCAUGGCUGGCGCACGGGAGCCAUUGUGCCCGAGCUGGAGAUGGAGACCAAGAUCGUCAACACGGAGCAGUUCUCCCAGUCACUGACCUGGCUUCAGGCCCUCACCGGUCUCCUGGAACGCAUGCAGAUGUUCCGAGAUUCCGAAUCGCAGCAGGUGCUCCAGGACUGGAUGAAGGAAAGACAGGAGAUGAGGGCUGUUACCAAGAACCUGUUCAACCCCCAGUUUGGCAGCAUCUUCCGGACCUGCCACAAUCCCACCUAUUUCUCCCGCCGUCUCUGCCGCUUCUCGGACCUAUACAUGGCCUCCAUCAGCUGCCUCCUCAACUACGACCUGCGCUACACCUUCUUCCCCCGGCGCACGCCGCUGCAGCACGAGGCUCCCCUCUGGAUGGACCAGCUGUGCACGGGCUGCAUGAAGACCCCCUUCCUGGAGGAGAUGGCCCACAUCCGUUAGGCCUGGGGCCGUCGAUGCCCGGCGGGGAGGGGGGAGACGGGUCGGCGAGGCCCGGGUCCCGCCGGCUGAGGACCGCGGGACCACGCUCUCGGACGGUCUUUUUCGGGCCCGGCACUCGGGUUUGCAAAAGUCGAGGCAGCCGGGUGGCCAGCGUGGGCCAGUCGGUCGGGUCCCCAGUUGGGGGAGAUGGUUUUUCUUUGGCAGAGAGAGUGGGAUGGAUGCCUCAGUCCGCGCUUCGCCCGUGGCCUUCGGAUCGGCUGCUCUGGGGAGUCGCGGAGUCUAGCUGCCUCCUCCCGAGGAGGCUGGAGUCGGCAUUUGUCUGAUAUGGUGCCAGCGGGGCACGAACACGCACGCACACACACGCAGGACGCUCCCGGGCCGGGGGUCCGGCUGGGGUCAGAGCCCUCAGCCCCCGCGGUGGGGUCCGUUCUCUCACGGGCCGGGCAGCGGGGCAGCUGAGCUGGUCCACGUCUUUCUGGAAGGGCAGAGUUGGAGAUGGGUCUGCCGGGUAGUUAGGCUGGGGGUAGUUUUAGGAUGUAGCAGAGGGGAUAGUGGUGCAUGGAGGGAGAAAU